AUGGCUAACCCAAGAGGGGAAUGCAAAGCCAUAACUCUAAGAAGUGGGAAGGUUGUAGAGAAAGGAACCCCAAGCAAAGAUAAUCAUGAAGGGGUUGCACCAAAACUUGGGAAUGAGGAUGAAGGGGAGAUUCCAGCUUCACCUCCACCAAAAGCAGUUUUGAAGCCCUAUGUGCCAAAGUCACCAUACCCGCAAAGUCUGAGAAAAGAUGGGAAGGAUGGCCAGUUCUCUAAGUUCCUAGAGAUCUUUAAGAGGCUCCAAAUCAACAUACCAUUUGCUGAGGCAUUAGAACAAAUGCCAUUCUAUGCCAAGUUCUUGAAGGAGCUUAUAACUAAAAAGAGGAACUGUAAGGCAAAAGAAACCAUAGUAUUGACUGAGGAGUGCAGCUCCAUCAUACAGAAGAAGUUGCCUCAAAAGCUAAAGGACCUAGGGAGUUUUCAAAUCUCCUACAUCAUAGGGGACAUCACUAUUGAGAAAGCUUUGUGUGAUUUGGAAGCUAACAUAAAUCUUAUGUCCCUAAGUAUGAUGAGAAGGAUGAAGAUUGAAGAAGCCAAGCCAACAAGAAUAGCACUCCAAUUGGCUGACAGAACAUUUAAGUUUCCACAUGGGGUGGUGGAAGACUUGCUAGUGAAAGUAGGAGAAUUCAUCUUCCCUGCUGAUUUCGUUGUGCUAGACAUGGAAAAAGAGGCCAAACGUCAAUUAUCCUAG